AAUUAACAUGCCAUUGAUAAUUAUGUGAGGAAUUCCUUGUAGUGGAAAAACUACAAGAGCAACAGAGAUUAAGACCUAUUUCGAAGAGGAACAUAAAAAGGAUGUGGUCCUAAUCAAUGAAGAGACACUUGGAUUUGAUAAGAAUGAGUACUAUAAAGAUGGUUCGACUGAGAAAAUUAUCAGAGCAUCUUUGAAAUCUGAAGUUGAGAGGAAUCUCGAUAGUGAAACAAUAGUGAUCAUUGACUCUCUAAACUACAUCAAGGGAUACAGAUACGAACUUUAUUGCCUUGCAAGGAGUGCUAAAACUACUUUGACUAACAUAUACUGAGAAACUGAUCCUGAAGAGGCAGAAAAGUGGAAUUCUGAGAGAGAUCAGAGUGUUGCAUUCUCUGAUGAACUCUUUCAUGACUAUAAAGGAAGACUUGAGAUUCCAAACCCUGCUCAAAGAUGGGAUUGCCCAUGCAUAAUGCUUCGACCAUAUGAGGAUACUCCUUUAGAACAGGUUGAGAAAGCAGUUAUCUCAGGUAAAUUACCCAGAGCUCCUGUCUCAAACAAGCAUGAGGAAAAUUUGGAAACGAAUUACAUCUACGAGUUGGAUAAAAAGUGUUCUCUAGUAAAUGACUUCAUCAUUGUAAAACAGCAGGAAUUCAACGAAGGGGAUACCAUAUCUGCUGCUGAAAUGACUGGGUCUACUAAACUUCUGACAUUACAUAAGAUUUAUUCCCCAAUAGAGCUAAAGAAUAUGAAGAAGGAAUUUAUUAAUCUAUCGAAGCUACAUCCCCCUAAGGAGAAAGAUAAUUUCGCUGAUCAGUAUAUAGCGUUUAUUGAUUCUAAUUACGAGCAAGAGGAUGACUACUAA